UUGAACUCAGGGCCUCUUGCUUGCUAGUCAAGCUCUCCACCACCCUCCAUCACUUGAGCCCUCUGCCAGCCCUUUUUUGUUUUGGGUAUUUUUGAGAUAGCAUCUUGAGUGUUAAUUGCCCUGGCUAGCUUUGAAUCUCAAUCUUCCUGAUCUCAGCCUCUUGAGUAGCUAAGAUUAGAGGUGUGGAAGAUACAGUAUAUACAGUAUGGGUGGGAAAACUAAGAUUUUAGGGAGGUUGAGACUCGGAGAAAGUUACUUGGUUAGAAUUGAAAUCUUGACCAGAUCUCCAGGCAGUCUGACUCUAGAGGUCUGCCUGUACUCUGCACUGCCAACCCCAGCCCAGUCUAUAUUCUUAAUCACAAUGCCAUAUUUACACUGCCUUUUGGAUAUUACUUUACUAAUUCACUCUAUUUGAACAUUCUCAUAUUUUUGUUUUUCUUAUACUAUUCCUCUUGGUUAAUGUUGAGUGCACACUACAAAUGCAUCUUAGAGAAGCUAACAGGGAAACUUAGUUUGCUAUUUCUCAAUAGUUUUUUGGGUGAUAACUUCGGUAAGCCAAACAUUCAAAUGUGGUUUUGGAUUAUAUUUGAAUCUUACCCAUAACCUCUUUCCACAGGUACGGAGCUUAAAUGCUUAUUAGUUGUGCUUUUUUUUUUUUCUUUGUUUUUGACCUGAAAUUAUCAUAGAGAUUUUGUGCUUAAAGCUUCCAAUAAAUUAAAAUUGAUGAAGGGAGGAAUAAUAGGGAAAGAACAGGCAUAGAAAAAGAAAGAGUGGGGAAAAAAAGAUUGUAAAAGUAGAAAGGUAAGGAUGGGAACUUCUAGUCUGAAAGUAAAAUACUCAAGUAAAGAGGGAAUUCUGAAUCCAUGUCAGUUUAUCUGCUUUUGACCCAACCUCUUGUCUGUUCCAUGAAAGGGUAACUACUGGGUUAUAGAGAAAGAAAGUAAUGAAAAGAGACUUGGUUUGGGAUAUAAGUAUAACUAAGCUGUCGCUGAGAUUUAUAGUCUGGCAGUGCUUUCUCAUGGUGUAAGAAGCCCCAAAGGUAAACUAAGCAUCUCUUGGUUCAAGGUUAUUUUACUAAGGGACUUGCCAUGAGGUGUUGAAGCCUUGUUUCACUGAGUUGGAGAGACUGGACCUAAAUGGCGCAGCAUGACUUUGCUCCAGCCUGGCUUAAUUUUCCUACUCCACCUUCAUCAACAAAGUCGUCACUGAAUUUUGAAAAGCAUUCUGAAAAUUUUUCAUGGACAGAAAAUCGUUAUGAUGUGAACCGUCGACGACACAACUCUUCAGAUGGCUUUGAUUCUGGUAUCGGACGUUCUAAUGGAGGUACCUUUGGGAGAAAAGAAAAAAAUGGAUGGCGUUCACAUGGCAGAAGUGGCACUGAAAACAUAAAUCACCGAGGGGGAUACCAUGGUGGAAAUUCCCGUUCUCGUAACAGUAUUUUCCAAUCUGGAAAAAGCCAAGGACUACAUGAAAACAACAUACCUGACAGUGAAAUUGGGAGGAAGGAAGACAAAAGAGAACGAAAGCAGUUUGAGGCCGAGGAUUUUCCAUCUCUAAAUCCUGAAUAUGAGAGAGAACCAAAUCAGAAUAAAUCUUUAGCUGCAGGUGUAUGGGGCCUACACGCCCAGACACACACAUACCCAACCAAAAAAAUCUCCCAAGCUCCUCUCUUAGAAUAUCCUCCGAAUCCUAAAUCUAGAGCACCAAGGAUGCUGGUCAUUAAGAAAGGUAAUACAAAAGACUUACAGCUAUCUGGAUUCCCAGUAGCAGGAAAUCUUCAGUCACAGCCAGUUAAGAAUGGAACUGGUCCAAGUGUUUAUAAAGGCCUUGUCCCUAAACCUGCGCCACCUACGAAACCUGCACAGUGGAAAAGCCAAACUAAAGAAAAUAAAGUUGGGACUUCUUUCCCUCAUGAACCUACAUAUGGUAUUGGCAACUUUAAUGCUUUUAAAUCAACUGCCAAGAAUUUUAGUCCAUCAACAAAUUCAGUGAAAGAGUGUAACCGCUCAAAUUCCUCUUCACCUGUUGACAAACUUAAUCAGCAGCCUCGUCUAACCAAACUGACACGAAUGCGCACUGAUAAGAAGAGCGAGUUUUUGAAAGCGUUGAAAAGGGACAGAGUAGAAGAAGAACAUGAAGAUGAAAGCCAUGCUGGCUCAGAGAAGGAUGACGACUCAUUUAAUUUGCAUAACAGCAAUACUACUCACCAAGACAGAGAUAUAAACAGAAACUUUGAUGAAAAUGAAAUUCCACAAGAGAAUGGCAAUGCUUCAGUGAUUUCCCAGCAGAUUAUUCGGUCUUCAACCUUCCCACAAACUGAUGUUCUUUCCAGUUCACUUGAAGCAGAACACAGAUUGUUAAAGGAGAUGGGCUGGCAGGAAGAUAGUGAAAAUGAUGAAACUUGUGCUCCCUUAACUGAGGAUGAAAUGAGAGAAUUCCAAGUUAUUAGUGAACAGUUACAGAAGAAUGGUCUGAGGAAAAAUGGCAUUUUGAAAAAUGGCCUGAUCUGUGACUUCAAGUUUGGACCCUGGAAAAACAGCACUUUCAAACCCACAAUUGAGAAUGAUGACACAGAGACAAGUAGCAGUGACACAUCAGAUGAUGAUGAUGUGUGAAGGAUUACCUAACAGCUUUAGAAAUUUUAGUGUGAUACAUCUCUCAUGCAGUUUGGGGUGAAUUGUAAAAAUGAAGAACUAUAAUUUAUGUAGUGAAAUACCCCAUUAGAAGAUGAUUAUUUUGGGGGACUUCGUUAUGAAGAAAACCAAGAAUGUUGUGUUGGGCUGUGUUGAACAUUAUUUCUUUGUAAAUGAAUGUUGUAGAAAUGAGGACUUUGGUUGAUCCAGCAUUGACUUUCUUCAUCACUGCAGCAUUUCUCUGACUAGCAAUGUGACGAUGUAACAAAUGAGAUUUUCUCAUUUAAUAAUAAAAAAUUGUGUAAUGUUUUGCAAAGCUUCUGUCUUAAAAUGUCCAGGUCUUCAGAAAAAAAGGCAGCUUACAGUUUUGCUUGCAGAGUCCUAUCUUUUUCGUACAGCGGAAAUCUUUCCAAGUCCACUUUGUGCACCUUCCCACCCACUCCCCCAAAAAACAAAGCAAAAAGGAAAAUGUAGCAUGUUGACUAAAACUGGAGCAAAGUGCACUAAAAGUAAUUUCCUGAACUCAACUGUUGUACUAGUCACCUUUUAAAACAUAAAUUGCUCUUUAUCCAUCUGUAGUGCAGUAAAUGUUAUAGGAGAGACUUACCACACUUCCAAAUUUAAGAGGUGAUUUUCAGCAGCUUUAUUUGGAUAUGUUGUCAGAUCAGGAUUUUCAGAGUUGAUGGAAGAGAGUCUUGUGGGAAAACUUAUUUUGAUAAAUUAUUACAGAUGCAGAAAAAUUGAGCACACUGACUGGAUCUGUCCACAACAUGGAAAAUAAACUGGAUUUUCAGAACAUUGUUGUUCUCUGUAAUGUUCAAGGUAUUAUUGGUGUCUAAACACAACAUACUUUAUUCACUUCUUAAAGUUAUACUUCCAUUAAAGAUGGUUAUUACUUUCUGAAGUUAGAAAAAGAAAGCCAAGUUGUUUCAAUAGCAAUACACAAGUUUAUUGAAUGAAUGUUGCCUAUUUGCACAUUAAUUUUAGAAUCAUUUCUGUUGUACUGGUGAUUGGAAGACUAGUGCUCUGUAUAUUUGUAUUUGGAUUUUAUGGGCUUUGUUUGCCCCCAUUUGUUUUUACUCCCUCCAUUUCAGUUGUAAAGAGCAUAAUCUUAGAGCAAAAAUGUUUGAGGUUUUAUGUUAGAUUGAUCUAAUCCUAAAUUUGUUUGUAAAAUUGUGUUUUCUUGGAAGGCUGCAGUGUGUUUUUGUUUCCCCAUCACUACUGUGCCUACUGUGCCUAGACUCCUCGUUUUCACCAGAAGCUGUCAAUUUUUGUUCCCAUUGAGACUGGUGGUGAUGGGAAAAUUAAAAUAGAAACUACAUACUUGCACCCCCCUCAUAAAACUUUUCAUUAUAAUUUAAUGGUAACAAAGUAUUAAACGUCUCUCUAACUUUUAAAAUAGUAAACUUUUACUGUGAAGUUUGCCACAAUUCAGUCUAAACUUAAAUGAUGCUUUGACAGAACUGUCAGUGUCUCAUAUUGAAUGUCUUUGGGACUCUUAGGUUGUACUGUUUAAUUAAUAGUAGGAUAAUGAAAUCUGUCAGAUGCAAAAUGCCAAAAAAGAAAAAAACCACAAAACUAGAAGGGACCUAAGGAAUGGGACUUAAAUUUCAAUUCCACCUUACUAUGUUUUCUAAUUUUAGAGAUUUUGUAAUUU